AGGUAGAAGCGGCUGUGGCUGUAGUUCAUUAUCCGCGGUCGUGCCUGAGGCCUGGGGUGAAGGUGGGUCUUGAGCCCGGGCGGAGCUGCCCUCGCUGUGGCCCCGCCCCGUCCAGCUCGCGGGAGGCGGCUCAGUCAGGCCGAGCCGAGCCAUGAUGCUGUUGCGGGCGCUAAGUCGCCUGUGGACGGAGCGUCGGCUUCCUGCCAGCCCGGGGCUCCGCUGGGCCGGCGCUGGCCUCCGGCUCCUCUCCUCCGGGGCCGAGGGGUUUUGUGAACAGACGCUGGUGGCAGUGAAACCAGAUGGGGUGCAGAGGAGGCUCGUGGGAGAGAUUAUCCAGCGGUUUGAGAGAAGGGGCUUCCAGCUGGUGGGACUGAAACUUGUGCAGGCAUCCCAGGACAUUCUCUCAGCUCACUACCACGAUCUGGUGGAGAAGCCGUUCUACCCGGCACUGAUCGAGUACAUGGGCUCCGGACCUAUCGUUGCCAUGGUGUGGGAAGGCCACGACGUGGUGAAGGUUUCUCGCAUGAUGGUGGGUGCUACCAGUCCUGGAGAGGCUCUUCCUGGGACUAUCCGUGGGGACCUGUGUGUUCACAUCAGCAGGAACGCUGUCCAUGCCAGCGACUCUGUUGAAGUGGCCAAGAAGGAGAUCAGCCUGUGGUUCCGUCACAGCGAGCUGGUUCAGUGGGAAUGUUGUGCUGCAGGCAGUACCUACAACCUAUAAACUGCAAAUGUCCAACAACACCAACUACCUCCAGAGACAGUGUCAACAAUACAUUCCAAAGUUACAGAGCUAUCUGUUACAAUGUCCUCCAACUUCCCCUGAACCCAGUGUGACUCCCUCCCCCACCCCACUCUUUGGUGACAGACUGGUUCCAGAACAACCACUCCUGUAAGGUAUCGAUUAGCAAUAAAAUCAUUUGUGCCAAGCACAGGGAAUCACUG